GCCAGCGACUACUAUUUACUCGAAGCCUUACACCCCUUUUUUGAUCCGAAUCAUAACGACGACUCAGACUCAGACUCCCUCACCCAGAGAUGGCCAAACGGUGUGGAUUGACAUUGACGGCGUUUUUGGUUCUGGGUUUGUUUUUCUCUUGCUGUUUCUCGGAAACCAAUCACCCCCAGACGAAUAAGAAGUCGGCCCACUUGGACAGCUUUGGUUCUUCUGCCGUUUUCCCUCUUCACGGAAAUGUCUAUCCUCUUGGGUACUACUCUGUGUCCCUCAGCAUAGGCAACCCAGGCAAGCGUUUCGACCUUGAUAUUGACACUGGUAGUGAUCUCACAUGGGUCCAAUGUGAUGCUCCCUGUACUGGCUGUACCAAGCCCCGCGAGCAUCUUUACAAACCCAAAAACAACCUUGUCCAAUGUGAAGACCCUCUUUGUGCGGCAUUUCACUCACCGGCAAGUUACCCGUGUAACAACCCAAGUGACCAAUGCGACUAUGAGGUUGAAUAUGCUGAUCAAGGUUCAUCUCUGGGUGUGCUGGUCAAGGAUUACUUUCCCCUGAAAUUCACCAAUGGCUCUCAACUUGGUCCUCGUUUGGCCUUUGGGUGUGGAUAUGAUCAAAAACAUUCUGGUCUAAGCAUGCCCCCAACCACUGGAGUUCUUGGCCUUGGUACUGGCAAAGCAAGCAUUGUGUCACAAUUAAGUCGCUUGGGUUUAACUAGAAAUGUGGUUGGUCACUGUCUAAGCAACCAAGGAGGAUUUCUAUUCUUUGGGAAUGAUCUUGUCCCUUCUUCAGGAGUCAUGUGGACUCCAAUGUCACGUAACUCAAAUCACUACUCAUCCGGACCAGCAGAACUUGUCUUUAAUGGAAAGCCCACUGGUGUGAAGGCCCUUAACUUGGUUUUUGACAGUGGGAGCUCCUACACUUACUUCAAUUCCAAAGCUUAUGAGGCAUUAGUUAAACUGGUGAGAAACGAUUUGAAAGGAAAGCCUCUGAAGGACGCAACUGAAGACAAAUCACUGCCAAUUUGCUGGAAAGGCAGCAAACCUUUCAAAUCUGUUCACGAUGCACAGAACUAUUUCAAACCCUUAGCACUGAGCUUUACUAAUGUCAAGAAUGUUCAGCUGCAUAUAUCACCUGAAGCUUAUCUCAUAGUUUCACAACAUGGCAAUGUGUGCUUGGGAAUAUUGAACGGCUCUGAAGUAGGACUGGAAAGUACGAACCUCAUCGGAGAUAUUACUUUGCUAGAUAAAAUUUUGGUAUAUGACAAUGAAAACCAGCGAAUUGGAUGGGCUCCAGCAAAUUGCAAUAGGCUUCCCAAGUCCUGAACCUUACUCUUACAAAUUUAUUUUUUGCCUUAAUGUCCGGUGAGGGUUUCUCAUCAGGAAACUCUUUUUUCAGUGUAGAUCGGAAUAUUGUGGAGGUGUUUCCCAGCGUUAUGUAGCCAAUUUGGAAGAGUUCUGUCCUGCUUUUGCUUCUGAUGAUCAGUAAUGCCAUGUACAAAGAAGUCUCCAAUCCAAAAAGUAAAUGCAGAAAUCCCUCUACAGGAUUUAUGUAGCAGAUACAUGUUGCAACUUUUUGAUCACUAGUGUUGCAACAUAGUUGCUACAUAUUACAAGCAGGCAAAGCUGUCGUUGGUUGUAUAAAUCUUUUGGGCCUGAUUGCCUGUACUAGAAGUUACAAGCUGGGAAAUGUAAGUGGGUAAAUAUCCCAAUAGAUAAUAAAUACAUUCAACAUAUAUAUAAUAUUCUCCUGUUACAAUC